CUCUUAAUCCGUUGAUUCCUUGUUCAUUCCUUUUCAUUUCAUUGUCAACCUCAAUUGUUCAUUCCCACUUUCACACACAACAAAAAUCAUACAAUCAUAUUUCUUGAGGAUACCACAACUGCUGUGUGCCCCACAGACACAUGAAAAAUAAAACCCAGACUCUGUCUUCACCACCUGACUACAAUCCAUAUCAUCCAGUUUCUACUCAUAAUCAAAACACUGAACCAGCCGCGCAAUAUGGAGACCAUCUAUGGCAUCCAGGCAGAUACUGAGACCUUACGAGAGGCCCAUGAGCUUCAGAGACAACGUCUACUUGGGCAGCAACAUGCUGUCACUAACGCCAGCACUAUACCUGCUUCCACUCCAAAGACUGGGUUCGCUAAUUUGAAAAGCCCACCGCAGCCUACACUCGUAGCUCGAUCCACCUCGGCCUCUGCUCUACCUGCGAACCGAACUCUAGGACUUCCUACUAGCGGCAAUAACGCAAGGACUUCAACAUCGAAAUCAGCUAUCGACUUGGGGAAGGGCCUUACGGCGUCUACAGUCUCCGAUAUAGACACCGCAAGCGCUCCGGCGACCGCCAACACCGCCACUGCUGCGCCAGCAAAGACACUCCGCUCUCCAUCGGAGACGACAUCACCUUUUCUUCAUACAAUAGAUCACCAUCACCAAAACAUGAAUGCGACGGGUCAGCUUCGAUCAACAACUCAGAGCCCUGCUUUUCUGUCGAAGCUUUAUGACUCUGAACAUCAUCACUGGCUUCCUAACUCUAUUCCAUGGUUGGCUUUACCUGGCGCAGCGGUACCUACUACUACGGGCAACUCAUUGAGCGGAACCGAAAGUUCAGGAGGAAGCAUCGGUGUGAGCGCCACUGGUAGCAACACCAAUACACCAGCCUUGUUUGGCCGUCAUCAAUCCGACACGGGUUUACCAUCUUCUGAACGAUCCACACCUGCGUUGGUCGGGUUUGAUAAACUAUCGUUAUCUGAUUCUGCACAGCUACAGCAACAGGAAAACCCAUCCCCUUGUCCACCCCAGCUACAGCACCAUCAUCAACAUCAUCACCAUUUGCUGAGCCAUCAAGAGCUGGCAGCGUUGAGUCGAAAUAACUCGCCCAUGCCUUUAAGUGAGGCUUUACCGAAUUAUUUGCGAAAGAAGGCUGUAGACCCGUUCCAUUCUACAUCCAUGGAGCGGUCUUUUUCGAACCCUGGAAAUGGAGGCGCACCAGGACCCAAUCCUGCGAAUGUCAUCCACACAGCCCCAGUUUCACCUUUUUUACUGCCUAUUCCUCCGUCUACUGCUGCAGCGUCUCAAGGAGGAGGAGGAAGUGCGGUAGCUGUAAGGAGUGUAGGAAGUUCAGGGGGGCCAACAAUAGGAACGGCUUCACCCUCACAUUUGUUGUUCCAGUUUCCAGCCUCUGCUUCUCAUCUGAACAAUAGUGAAGGUUCAAGUGACCGGCCUGAGAUGGAGCGGGCAAGAUCAACAGGAGUGUUGCCUAUAUAUCGACCACAACUGCCACAUCGCCACUAUCGUACCCAUCCUGGACAUGGACAUCACCAAAAUAACACUAGCCUUCACAAACCAUCUUAUGGGCCCAAUUAGGGCUGCUCAACAUCACGCAUUAGCUUGUCUUGUGUCUAUACUAGCUCAUCCGCGGCUGCUUCUACUAGAGAGAAACUGGAAUAGGACUUUAGGGGUGUCAUAAAAUGGUGAUAGUUCUGAGCGCACCUAGUUCAUUUUGCGUUUCGACACGAGGAGACGGUCUUAAAGGCUUUUUGUGUGCACUGAAAUUAUAUAAAAAUAUGAUUCAAGAGAAAUAUAUCUUCGCUCUCAGGAUUCUUUUUCUUGCUUUCAUCAGAAGCUAA